GAAGGAGGAGAAGUUCCUAUUCUUUGUCCCGUUGACCUUACCUGGAGGACUCAGAAUCCAUGGAGCCUUUCCGAAGCCAUCGGGGAUCUCAAACCGCGUUUUUGCUCGCAGGUUGCAUCCUAAGCUGCUUGUUGCAGUUGGUGCCAGCUGAGGGAAAUUUAACCGUGGUUUCUAUACCUGAAUACCCUAUCCAGGAGCAAAGAGUCCUUCUGAAUGUACAGAAUGUCCAGAAGGAAUUUGAACAAUGCGAGUGGACACAACCCUCUGGGAAAACAAUUAUUUUUACCCGUGAAACAAAAUUCACCCCAGCUAAUGCUUCCCAAAUCGUACAGGUGUAUGAGAAUUGUUCCUUGAGUAUCAAAAACCUGAGGUUAUUGGAUAAAGGAAAGUAUACGGUCAAAAUUACCUUCCCUUCUACACAGCAGCAAGAUACAAAAGGUCGAGAGAUCUAUAUAGGUUCCAUUUUUGUGACUUUCUGUGAUGAAAAACAACUUCGUAUCAGGAUCCAACCGCCAGUGUCUUUUCCUGGCCAGAAUGCCACAUUGAUUGCAGAGGGCAUCCAAAACAAGGAUGUCUUCUGCCAGUGGAAACAAAUUACCCAAUCAGGAGAGAAAGAUAUCCAAGAUAUUAGACAAGACUCCAAGAAGCAGACUCAACAACAGAAGAUCAUACCAGACCGUUGUUCCUUGCAUCUGAUCCGGUUAAUCCCAGAUUAUUCUGCCAGAUUUUCCGUUUAUGUUAACAUUUCUUCAGACCAACAGUCCACCAGAGAGAAGGGAACCGGAGAGCAAGUGACGUGCUAUAGAAGCCAGACUGAGUUUCAAGUGCGCAAAUCUGGAUCAGCUUCUGUGAAAUAUAGUGCUGGAAUCAUUGCUGGGGCUUUGCUUGGAUCCCUCACUUGGACCAGCAGUCUCUCCCUCCUGCCCCUGCUCUUCGGCGUGCUCUCAUCAUUUUUCCCCGAAUGCUGAAUUUGGAAGAGUCCCUUCCUUUGUGAAAAAUAUUUGCAGAGGAGAGACACACAAGUUAUCCUGUGUCUGCGUGUGUAACACUGAACAGCUCUGUGCUUGGAUGUUAAGCUUGAUCCGAUGCUGAUUUCUUUUGAAGCUCAACUUUGAUCAAAAUUGUAUAUUAACUUACUCUGUUUCUUUUUAUAUCAGCAAAAUCUAAGUCAUUCCAAACUUUAAAGCUUGAGAAUGUUGCAAACCAGCAAAACAUUGAAUAAAUCUAUCUACGUAGUCGCCAGGAGACAAAAAAUGACUUGAUGGCACCUAAUCAAAAUAUCAUAAAAUUUUGUAUUAAGAACCUGGGGCUUUUUUAGGAAGUCGAUGCAUGUUAUCCAAUUUGGAACAAAAGAGAAAAAUCUUUGGAUGCCCUUUAUACAUUCUAACAUGGCUCAAAAUAAAAUGUGGUUUUUCACUUC